AUUGGCACUAUUCCCUUUGAAAACUCAUUCUCAAGUUCUUCCCUUCACCAACUCCUUCAUAAAUGAGCAAAAUGUGUCUUUUUUAAUUGUGCCACCUUUUUUUCCCACGGCACAUUCUAUUCCAUUAUAUUCAUAGCAAUUACUAUUUUAAACCCUGAAGGCUCAAGCUGUUGUAAUCAUUCAAAGUCCUUGAUUCUUGUUUCAUGGCCAACCUCAAAAUGCUCCUCGUACUCUUGUCUUUGUUGCUGUUCCUUCUGAUCCCAGUUUCUUCUCAGCCUAACCAGAUCUUCUAUGCUGGAUUCAAGGGUUUGGAUAGCAGCAACAUGACCCUUGAUGGUGUAGCAGAAAUUGAGCCAAGUGGGGUACUGAAACUCACAAAUGAUUCAAGUAAAGUAAUGGGUCAUGCUUUUUAUCCAACUGCUCUUCAGUUCAAGAACUCAAGUGAUGGUAAAGCUUUCUCCUUUUCUUCCUCUUUUGCUUUGGCUAUUGUUCCUGAGUUUCCAAAGCUUGGAGGGCAUGGCCUUGCUUUUACAAUUGCAACUUCCAAGGAUCUGAAGGCUCUUCCAAGCCAGUAUCUUGGUCUUCUUAACUCAAGUAGCAUAGGGAACUUCUCCAACCACCUUUUUGCUGUCGAGUUUGACACAGCCCAAGAUUUUGAGUUUGUGGACAUCAAUGAUAACCAUGUUGGAAUUGACAUCAAUAGCUUGGUAUCCAAUGCUUCUGCUCCUGCUGGGUUCUACGCCGGGGAUCAUGAUUCAGACAAACAGAAUCUGACUCUCAAAAGUGGGCAACCUAUUCUGGUUUGGGUUGAUUAUGAUUCUGCUCAAAGUGUUGUUAAUGUCACAAUUUCUGCAUCUUCUACCAAACCCAGAAGAUCACUCUUGUCUUUUCCUGUGGAUCUUUCACCAAUCCUUAGGGAUUCCAUGUAUGUAGGGUUCUCUGCAUCCACAGGGUUGCUUGCUAGCUCCCAUUACAUUUUGGGUUGGAGCUUCAAAAUCAAUGGACCAGCAACACCCCUUGAUCUCUCUUCCCUCCCACAGCUUCCAGGGCCAAAGAGGAAACACACAUCUCUGAUAAUUGGGGUUUCAGUGUCUGGAGCUGUUCUUGCAUUGUUUGCUGUCUUACUCGGCUUCUACAUGUACAGAAGGUACAAGAAUGCCGAUGUUAUAGAAGCUUGGGAGCUUGAGAUUGGACCACACAGGUACUCCUACCAAGAGCUCAAGAAAGCAACAAAAGGUUUCAAGGACAAAGAGCUGCUUGGACAAGGUGGAUUUGGGAGUGUCUACAAGGGAACAUUACCAAAUUCCAACACCCAAGUUGCUGUCAAGAGAAUCUCACAUGACUCAAAACAAGGCCUGAGGGAAUUUGUGUCAGAAAUAGCCAGCAUAGGCAGGCUUCGCCACCGGAAUCUGGUUCAGCUUCUGGGGUGGUGUCGCCGGCGCGGUGACCUCCUCCUUGUGUAUGAUUUCAUGGCUAAUGGGAGCUUAGACAAGUACCUGUUUGAUGAACCAGAAAUAAUCCUUAGUUGGGAGCAAAGGUUUAAGGUGGUGAAGGAUGUUGCUUCUGCCCUUUUGUAUCUGCAUGAGGGCUAUGAGCAGGUGGUGAUACACAGAGAUGUGAAGGCUAGCAAUGUGCUGCUAGAUGGAGAACUCAAUGGAAGACUAGGAGAUUUUGGAUUAGCAAGGUUGUAUGAACAUGGUGCUAACCCAAGUACCACAAGGGUAGUGGGGACAUUAGGGUAUUUGGCACCUGAGGUGCCUAGGACAGGGAAGGCCACACCUAGCUCAGAUGUUUUUGCAUUUGGUGCACUUUUACUUGAGGUGGCAUGUGGGCUGAGGCCACUUGACCCAAAGGCAAUGCCAGAAGAUUUGGUUUUGGUUGAUUGUGUGUGGAACAAGUACAAGCAAGGGAGAAUACUUGAUGUGGUGGACCCUAGACUGAAUGGUGCUUUUAAUGAAAGAGAGGUACUGAUGGUGUUGAAAUUGGGGCUUCUAUGUUCAAAUGGUUCUCCCACUGCUAGGCCUAGCAUGAGACAGGUGGUGAGGUUCUUGGAGGGAGAAGUUGGUGUGCCAGAUGAGUUGAGAAGGCAAGGAGAGACAGAUUCUCAGGAGGGUUUUGAUGAGUUCUUGCACUUACUUGACUCUUCUUCUUUUCAUCAGAUGAGCAGAAGCACUUAUGGUGGUACUUCUCCUUCUUUUACUGAUACAUCACUCUUUACUCCCACUGCUAAAGGAGAAACAAUGUGAUCAUCUACAUAGUACUUGGAGAUGUACUUGAGAUGUUUGUUUAUUUUAUCAUCCCUUCAUGUCUCACAAUUGUAGAGAGAAAGUUGUUGCUUUUGUUAUGAUCAAUGAGAUCCCACAUUGAAAAGUUUGUGCUGUAA